AUGACAGAGGAUUUUCCGAAGGCGCCUCCUCAACCAUCGGAGGUAACAGAAAAUCCAGAAAAGCUUAAGGAUGUAGAUGAUCGAGUGUCAUUUGACAAUUUAUCCAAACGAUGGACAUUUGAACUUAUGAAAGAUGGAAAUCCUCAUGAAUACUAUUUUAGUUUCGAGGAAAACAGAUGGCUAGAAAACAAAACUCAUAGCAAAGAUGGCUCUCAGCCUCAAAAAAGGACGCUUGAGGAUGCUGAUAUUGAAAGACAAGAAGAGGAGAAUAAAACAUCGCUUAAAAGAUUGAGAAAGGAGAAAUUGCAGAAGAUGAGGGAAGAAAUUUAUAGACUCAAGAGUCAGAAGAAAGAAAUCAACUCAUUACGAAAUAAUGGUGAUGAUACGUUGACCACUUCUGGGGUUUUUGUAUCUAAUUUACCAUCUGAUGUCACAAAAGAUGAGUUAUAUCAAGCUUUUAAUAGAUUUGGAAUGAUCUCAGAGGACUAUAAAACUGGAGAGCCGAGAAUCAAGUUGUAUUACGAAAAUGGUGUUUUCAAAAAGGAGGCAUUAAUCAUAUAUCACAGCAAAGAAAGUGUGCCUUUAGCGGUUGAAAUGCUAGAUAAUACCCUAUUUCAAGCUACUUCAAAAGAGAAUAUACAUGUCCAGCCCGCACAAUUCAAUAAUUCAAAAAAGGAUAACGAUAAGAAUUCCGAGAAGAAAGUGUUAACAGCAGAAGAGAAGCAACUCCUUCUGAGGAAAAAAGAUGCCAUGUUAAAAAAGUUAUCGACUUGGGAUGAAGACGAAAUCAGCACUGUGGAUCAUAGUCUUGAUCUGAUCAAAAGAAAAAUAUAUGACAAAAUUGUAGUUAUAAGGAACAUGUUUAGGAUUGAUGAACUUAAAGAAGAUCCUUUACUAGAAAUAGACCUCAAAGAGGAUAUUCAAGAAGAUUGCGAUAGACAGGGAAUAGGUAAUGAUAUUACAAAGGUGGUGCUCUAUGAUAUAAGCGGUGUGGUUACUGUUAAGUUUAAAACACGCGAACUGAGUCUCAAAUGCGUGGAAGCAUUCAAUGGACGUUUCUUUGAUGGAUUAAAGUUAGAGGUGAGCCUCUACAACGGUGAAAAAUUUGAAAUGUCGAAAUCAAACACGGGUCAUGAGCCGGAAAGAGAAUAA